AGGUUAGUGUCAUGUCAACCCCUAAGCGCUUAGGUUACACUUGAAUAAAAAUGACCAGUCUACGUACUCACCGUUUUCUAAGGCUAUUUUAACGCUUAGUUAUGAUCGCCGAAGUCCUGAUUCUACCAUGGAAAACGAAAAUGAAAAUCUACAAGUAUUAAAAUUACACACAAAUCCACAAUAUUUGAAAGCAUGUUGCGAACUGAUUAACGAUGAGUGGCCCCGCAGUGAAACAGCGCGCAUGAUGUCUCUGCAAGCGUCCUGCGACAACUUACCCACGAGUUUAAUAUUAGUUAACGAUAAGAAACAUAUAUUAGGUCAUUGUAAACUUACCCCUAUCCCGAGCAUACCAGAAAGUUGUUUUAUAGAGACUGUAGUUAUAAGUAAGGCGAUGCGCGGGAAAAAAUUAGGUACCUUUCUAAUGAGCUCCGUAGAAGAAUACUGUAGAAGUGUGUUAAAUUUAAAAAUGUUACAUUUAUCAACGAAGGGACAAGAGAAUUUCUACGCUAAAUUGGGUUACGAGAUUUGUGCUCCAGUAUCUAUCUAUGGAAUUCGUGUGCCAAGCAAUACUAACCCUGUAAUUGCUAGUAAGGUUGCAAGUUCUACACCAGGAAGUUGUGUUGGACCUCCACCGCCGCCGCCCCCACCGAUGCCCACAAAUAGUUUAAUUAGCAAUAGUAUUAUAAAAUCGACUAAGACUUAUAUGUUCAAGUAUUUAUAGUUCUUUUUCUGUAUAUAUUAUUUACUCAUUAUUGAUGUAUCUAACAGAAGUUCAAGAUAUUUUUAUAAAUCCUAUAGGGAAGAAUGUCAAAAUAAUUAUUCGUCCAAUUCGUAAAAGUGAAUCUUAAACUUUAUGAAUGUGCAAAUUGACUGUCAGUUUUGGUCAAGAUAGUAAAAUAACUACACUUUUUAACACUAUUGUAUACAAAUAAAACAACGAGAUUUUAAUAAGUUUAUAUUAAAAAUAAAGUACAAUGGAGUAUUAAC